AUGGAUGAAGGAUUCAACAGUCUGACAAGUCGGCUCCAAUGGCAAGAAAAGAGAGAUAGUGGCAGUGACCUUGGCAUUUUUAAUUGGAUUUCUUCUACUGGGCAUAAGCCUGAUCGUGUAUCUCCGAAAAAUGAAAAGGAAGAAUUCACAGGUGAACAAAGAAGGCAUAGUCUCUAUAAAGAAGGCAGGUCGUUGCAAUUGAUUGAUGAUGUUGUAUGGGAGUCAUGCUACCUAACUGAAGUGUUGCGAUCAAUCCAUGUGGGUCUUUUAUGUGUGCAAGAAAGUCCAGAGGAUAGGCCAAGCAUGUCAUCUGUGGUUGUGAUGUUAAGCAGUGAAGGUGCAUUGCCUCAAGCCAAACAACCUGGCUUCUUCACUGAAAGGAAUGUUCUCAAGGCUGGUUUCAAGGAAACAACAAUUAUGGCUAAUGAAAUCACCGUUACUAUGUUUAAUGGUCGAUAG